UUUUUCUACCUCCAGCCUCCAUCUCUUCCAACUUUAUAUUUCUCUUCCAUAUCAUAUAUACCCUUCCUCGCCACUCAUUGUAUCUCUAGAAAGCAAAUAAACAACUAAAGAUGGUUAAGGAAACUAAAUACUACGAUCUCCUCGGUGUCAAGCCUGACGCUGAUGCCAACGACAUCAAAAAGGCCUACCGGAAAAGCGCUUUGAGGCACCAUCCCGACAAGGGCGGUGACCCCGAGCUUUUCAAGGAGAUGACCCAUGCUUACGAAGUUCUUUCCGACGACCAGCAACGAUCUCUCUACGACCAGCUCGGUGAAGCCGGUCUCAAGGAAGGUGGCAUGGGCGGUGGCGUUGAUCCUCAAGAUCUUUUCAGCCAGCUGUUCGGUGGCGGUGGUGGUUUCUUCGGUGGUGGUGGUGGCGGACGAAGCAGCGGUCCCCGACGUGGCCGAGACCUCGUUCACCGAAUCUCCGUUUCCCUUGAAGACCUCUACAAGGGCAAGGUCCAGAAGCUCGCUCUUUCCAAGUCUGUUAUCUGUAAGACCUGUGAUGGCCGAGGUGGCAAGCAGGGCGCUGUUCAGACCUGUACCGGCUGUCAAGGUCGAGGUGUCAAGGUCAUGCUCCGUCAGCUUGGCCCUAUGAUGCAGCAAAUCCAGCAACCCUGUACCGAGUGUGAGGGUACUGGUGAGAUGAUGAACCCCAAGGACAGAUGUAAGACCUGUAGCGGCAAGAAGACCAAUCAGGAAAGGAAGGUGCUUGAGGUUCACAUCGACAAGGGUAUGAAGGGUGGUCAGCAAAUCAAAUUUGCUGGCGAAUCCGACCAACAACCUGGUACCAUUCCUGGUGAUGUUAUUAUCGUUAUUGAGGAGAAGCCUCACCCUCGAUUCGAGAGGAAGGGUGACGAUUUGUUCUACAACGCCAAGAUUGACCUCCUCACUGCUUUGGCUGGUGGUGACUUUGCCAUUGAACACCUUGAUGAGCAUGCUUUGCACGUCACCAUUGUCCCUGGAGAGGUUAUCAAGCCUGACGCGCUCAAGAUUAUCUCCGGCCAGGGUAUGCCUUCUUACCGACACCAUGAGCUCGGUGACCUUUAUGUCCGUCUCACUGUCGAAUUCCCCAACACUAUUCCGGUUGAGAACAUCCCGUUGCUCGAGAAGGCCCUCCCCGCGCGCAAGGCAUUGCCCAAGUUCAAUAAGAAGAUUCACAUCGACGAGGUUGUGCUUUCCGAGCCCAACGAGAGGCAUGCGAAGAAUGCGGCGACUGGUGAGGACGAGGAGAUGGAUGAUGAAGACGAUGAUGGAAGGCCUGGUGUGCAGUGCGCGCAGCAGUAAAAACCCCAAAACGUCACCUAUCCUUUCUUUCGACCUUCAUUAUACGUCUCCAAAACCGAUAUUAAAUCCUUAAAACAUAUACCCCCCAUCAGGCAACUCCCGGCUUCAUGGGCUUCAAACAAAGAGUUCAAUAGAUCAUUCAUUUCCUUCCACUUGUGCGGUAUAGCACCUUUUUUAACCUAUACCUGUUUCUUUUCUGCCAGAGUAGAGCGGAUGCACUUGUUCCUGAUUAAUUCUCUUUUGAGAUGGCGGGGGGAUGGUGAAAUAAGAGCUUGGGAAGGUUGUUGUAGAGUCGCGAUCGUAGGGCUUGUAGGAUGACGAUAUUCUUUGCAUGAUGUGUUUAUGACGAGUCAAUACU